AGCUCCCGCCCCGUGCCCCGGCGCUGUGGGAGGGAUCGGCGCGAUGGCGGCGGCCGCUGCCAUGGCCGCGCUGGGCCGGAGCUUCACGGCCGCUCUCCGGCUGCCCCGGGCUCGGCCGGGACUCCCCGGGCUGGUGCUGAAUCUGUACCACAAGAACCUACCAAAAGUUGAGCCCCUCCGUCAGGUGAAGUUCCUGCACACGACUGUGUCUCGGAAGGGUCUGGAGGAGUUUUUUGAUGAUCCAGGAAACUGGGGGGAAAAAAGUGUAAAGUCUGGAGAUUCAUGGAAUAUAAAGCAGCUAAGGGGCAAAAGUAGUGAAGACUUGCACAAACUUUGGUAUGUCCUGCUGAAAGAAAGGAACAUGCUCUUAACUUUAGAACAAGAAUCCAAACGACAGCGCAAGCCUAUGCCAAGUCCAGAACGAUUAGAAAAGGUAGAAACAUCUAUGAAAAAUAUAGACUUGGUUGUUAGAGAAAGAGAGAUUGCUUUGAGGCUUUUACAAACAGGCCAUGAAAAGCCAGUUCCUGGGGAGUGGAGACACGACUUCUUGGGACGCACCUUCUGGUACAGUUACAAGGAGUGGCCAAUACCAUGGCACUUGAACAAGAAACACAGAAAGAAGAGAUUCUAUUACUUACCUCAUGUGAAUCACUUCAUCAGACUCAGACUUGAAAAAGCCUUACGGAAAAGAGCAAGGCAGCAAAACCUGGAGAGGACAAGGCAGAAGAUCUUGGAAAGGAAGUUCCCUCACCUUGCUGUGAAAUCCCAGAGCCAGUAACAUGCCAGAGGAGCACUGCAAGCAGUUGGUCAAGUGUCUGUGGAACAUGGAUCRUGUUCUGGUACCACAAACAACUCCACUGAGCAUUCCAGGGUCUCCAUCUUUUUUUGUUUGUUUUUAAUACAUUUGACUUUAAUUAAACUUGUGAUCUGGAAUUAARAAGUAGCUUUGGUACCUAAAUCAAUACCAUUUCUCACAUUUCCAGAAACAAAUUGUUAGCCAGCUGUUACAAGAGUGAGACAUCCAUCAGUAAUAGUGAAGAGCAGCCACUGAGAGCCAGCUAAGAGUAACAAGUGCAGCGGUAAUAUUUACCUCGUUUAAUUAAACCAUUAAAACCAGACAGAAACAUGAAGGCAUCUGCAGCCCACAUGAGCCUUUUCCCUGCUCAUAUUUUUCUGAUAKAUUUUUUCUGAGUAUUUUCCCCAAUUUACAGGUAAGCUACCCAAGGUGUAUUUGCAUUCUGCGUAAGUGCACUAGAAAAUGGGCUCUUCAGUCUGCCCAGAGAACCUUUUUCCUCUGCUUGAAGUCUGGCUUCUUAGAAAGUAUGAAAUAUUCAUCAUAGAAAAUUUUAGUAAUGCAGUCAUGAUGCCGAGAUUUCUAUGACAAAUACAAACACAGAGUGCAAAUGUUUGAAGGAAGACUGCAACAUUCUUUUGUGAAAUUGAAGCAGGCACUGCUGCUGCUUUUAGUCGAUGGAAACACCUUCAUCUUUCACUUAAUGAAAGCUUUUAACCUCCACAUGAAGUGGUCUAGAUAUCUAAAGUCACAAAUACCAGUCUUUCAGGAAGCAAUUGUGCUCAGCAAUACAACCUGGUAAAACACUGCAAGGGAACCAAUAGUUUCCCCUCAGCAUCUGUCUCUACCAUUGACCUUCACUGGCCUGCAUCACACCAAAUUCCCACCGUUUGAACUCAGAAUAUUUCCAGAGGUGAGAAAACCUCCAGAAGUGUUUUGCUCUCCCUAUGCUGCUGGAAUAUUUACAGAUCUUAGUAUUAUACUGCAGUUUUUUUUUUAAAGAUACACAGAAGGUAAUAGCUCAUUUGGCAUAAUGAAAUCUAAGCAUGCCACAGAAGGAAAGCUUAAAACACUCACUGCAGUGUWCUGAGGUCCAAGUUCAGUUUAUGUUCCAUGUUCCACUUGAAAACAAAAUGGACUCAGUUUUUCUUCCAYAGUGACAAGAGCUGGUGACUUGGUUCAUUUGGUGUAACUUUGCAGUUUCCCCCAUUUUGCAAGAGAAACAGGGUUUAUCAAUAGCUUUGAAAAUCUGGACCAAGCAACUUUGUCUCGAGCAAAUCACGAGUCUUAUGAUACAACAAAAGCAGACUGGUUUGAUAAAUUACUUUAUUAUUUGGAGGUAAUGUGAAACUUUUCAAACAGAGGCCUCAUAAUUAUUUACCCACAAGAUCUUUUAGGAUACAAAAAUGUAGCAGUACAGUUUACUUUUUUUUUUUAGAUCAGUUAAAUGCUAUUUGGUUUUUCCACAGCUUUCGAGAUAAGGAGCAAAACUUCAUUGUGUCCCAAAACAGACCAUCACACCAUUGUAAAUGAAAGUAAGCUUAAAAGCAACAUUGAGCUGCAGCUUGACAGCCAAUUCCUGCUGAAAAAUAAAGUCAUCCCCUUCCCUGUGACCCUGAGUGCACCUUCCCCCUGCAAACACAGGCACUUACAGACCCUGCUGGGAGGCAGAGGGAGUCACACAGCAGCUGCUCCAGCUCCCUGCAGCAGGGUCAAGCCACACACUGAAAGCUUCUGACUCUGCUCCCAGUCUUGGAGAGGCAAUUCUUUGUCUCAAUUUCCCUGUCUCGAACAAGUUUUGCUUCUCACCUACAUCACAAAGGCAUUAAAUACAUUCUCAGACAUCAGGUGGAAAGCAUUGCUUGCUUACUGAAAUGAAACUGCUCCAUAAUAAAAAAUUAGCAAACCAGUGCUUAAUAUAACAUUCACUCCUUGGAAUGUAACACUUCUGUGAGACAGUAAAAGUUUACACUAAAAUAGAUCACUGAAUACAAACUUUCAACUUUCAAAACAGCUGAGUAACUUUCUCUGCCAAGUACUCACAAGGUUGCUCAAAUAUAAAAGACCAAAUUUUAUUUUAAGAGAAAAAGAAGAGCAAUUUAAGGCCAAAGUACCAGCAAGGAAGACUAGUAUGUGAAAAUAGACAAGAAAUUAAACAAGAAAUAUUUAAUAAAUAAGCACAGGCAUUUGCAAGGUUAUGCCUCUAUCUAUUAGCUAACCUGUAAAGCUGUUCCCAGGAAAAGAUACUAGAGAAAAUAGACAUUUAUACAAAAUUAUAAAAUGCUUGUUACAUGAAUUAUUGCUUUACAAGGGACGUAAACAUCCGUUUUCUAUUAUAGUACCAAUUAGGUCUCAAUUUCUAAAGGUUUGUUAAAAUGGAACUUGAAUUAUGCAAAAAACCCAAUAUAAACUUUCUACAAAAAAGAGUCCAUCCCAUUCCUGAGUAUGCUAAAGCUAUAAAACAGAAGGAGCACCGAGCAGGCAGCAGUUUUCACAGUAAGAGGUCUAAGGACAUUUUCUUUCUACACACUGUUUCCCUCCUUCUUCAUAUUCUUGUUUAGAAAUCCACAUCUGCUGGAAAGUACCC